UCUGCAGUGAAUAUGAAGGCAUGCAGCUUUAUAAGGUUGUGUGUGAGAUCUCUGGGAACAAUCGUGAGCAGAAUGCAUAGACACAUGACUAGAGAGUCCUUCCUCAGCCUCUUCCUCAUCAUCAGCCUGAUGUGGCCCAUACAUUCAGAGAUCUCCAACUGCGUCAUCAAACGUGAGGAGGAGAGAUGCUUGGAGCGAAUCGCUCUGCACGACACAAAAGAUGACGAAAAGUUUGAGUGUCCGUGGGAGUGGGAUGAUCUGACCUGCUGGCAGGCGGCCAGUGUCGGCGAGGUCGUGAAGGUCAACUGUCCCGAGCUCUUCGAGUUUAUGAGUCCAGAGGAGGGGCUAGGCAAGAUCAGCAGAAACUGUACAGAGUUCGGUUGGUCUGAACCGUAUCCGCUUUAUGUUGAUGCCUGUAUGAUUGGUGACAACACAACCAAGCCUGACAUGUACUACGCGUCUGUGAAGGCUCUCUAUACGGUGGGCUACAGCACAUCUCUGGUGUCUCUGACCGCAGCUAUGGUCAUUCUGUGCCGCUUCAGGUCAGUGGGGUGCAAGGCAGUGAUGGUCUUCUUUCACUACUGUGUGAUGUCAAACUACUUCUGGCUCUUCAUCGAAGGUCUCUAUCUCUUCACACUCCUGGUGGAAACCUUCUUUCCUGAGAGACGCUACUUCUACUGGUACACUAUCAUCGGCUGGGGAACGCCCACCAUUUGUGUGACCAUAUGGGCCGUUCUGCGCCUUCAUUUUGAUGAUUCUGGUUGCUGGGACAUGAAUGAUAAUACUGCCCUCUGGUGGGUGAUCAAGGGACCCGUUGUGGCAUCAAUCAUGAUUAAUUUUGUCCUCUUCAUUGGAAUCAUCAUAAUCCUGGUGCAGAAGCUGCAGUCUCCAAACAUUGGCGGGAACGAGUCCAGCAUCUACCUCAGCUGUGCACAGAAAUGCUUCCGUGAGCCCACACAGGCUGCCCAGCAUUCGUGCAGGAUGUCAGAGCUUUCUACCAUCACGCUGCGUCUGGCGCGCUCCACCCUGCUCCUCAUCCCUCUGUUUGGAAUCCACUACACUGUUUUUGCUUUCUCCCCGGAGGAUUUCAGCAAGCGGGAGCGACUGGUCUUUGAGCUGGGCCUAGGCUCCUUCCAGGGGUUUGUGGUGGCCGUGCUGUACUGCUUUCUGAAUGGAGAGGUGCAGUCGGAGAUAAAGAGGAAAUGGAGGAGUUGGACGGUGAACAGGUACUUUGCUGUGGACCUGAAGCAGCAGCGUCACCCUUCGCUAGCGAGCAGUGGGGUGAACGGGGGGACGCAGCUGUCCAUCCUCAGCAAGAGCAGCUCACAGAUACGCAUGUCCAGCCCUCUGGCCGAGACGGUCAACCUCAACCUGCCCACCUGAGCGCCUGAUUGGCCAGACCGUCCAUAAGCCCCGCCCUCCAACUCGCCUUCUUCACCUGCAGUAGGCCCGACCAAUCACAAUUAGAGAAGAACUAGUGAUUAUUCGUGAAAUCUCUGGAUAGUAUUUAAAGAUUCCAAACAAGAUCUAGAACGUAUCACCCAUUAUCGGUUAGAAACGAUUUGUCCAGGGAAAUAUUUAUAGUGAGCUUAAAAGUUGCUAUUGCUAGGAACCAUAACGCAACUUUUUGAAGGCUUUCUAAUUAAUCUAAUGAGUAAACAACAAUACAAGCAUAAAAGAAUGUUCUUUUUAAUCAAUAAUAAUGCAGAACAGGGGCUGUAUGAUUCACACCGCAAUGCCAAAAUGAGAUCGCGGCGAAAAUUAGAGUGAAUUUUCAUAUCGCAUUAAUAUGAGCCAUAGAGAAUGUGAACGGUUGGUGGUUAGAAUGUAGUCAGAGAAACAUCAAUCUAUUCAUUUCUGUCAAACCAACAGCACAUUGCUUUCUAGUUUAAGUGUAAAUCAGUUAUCAGAGAGAGAGACGGGUUACAUUUCAGUGUUAUGAUAAAAUAUAAUAACAUAAAGUGCCAAAACAUGAAUAUUUAAGUAUUGUUUUCUCUGCAAGCUACUGUGUUUAUCAGAAGUACACUAUAAAAGAAAAUGCGCAGACUUCGUGUUGCUCGUUUAAAUGCUGUGUAUUUGAUUAAAUGUUCUCCACCGAGAGAUUGUAAAACAUAUUUUUUUACAGUCAGCCGUAAGUACAGAGUAUGUCAACAAUAUAAAGACUUAUGAAUGACUCAUGAAUUUAGAUUAUAUGUAAAUGCUGUUAUGGGUUUGUGAUUUAGCUUUUGGCCAGCGUUUUCUUAUUGUCAUGCGAAUGAUUUAUAACUACACAGAGCCAAUAUCAGCAAAUCAAGGAUUGUCAAAAAACAGUUCUGUAAACAAUUACCGGUCCUAUGAAGCUAUUCCACAAUUCCCUCUGAUUUAUUCUGAAGUGCCUGAUGGUCACAAAAAAGCUUUGAUGGAUCUACUCUAAACAGCCAGUGCCAUGCAGUAUUGAUUUAAUUAUUAGUCAUUCAGUAGUGUAGAUUCAGUCUUCAGGUUUGCUUUACAAUCUCUACAUAGUAGGAAUAUAUUCAUUUAUACACAGUAUUAGAGUGCAUAUAGACAUUUCCAGAGCUUUGAGAUGCGCAAAUCAAUGCCAUUAUGUUACUAUCAGGUGCAUUAUAAAUGCUUUUAGAGCUGACAUGUUCAACUGUGGGAGAAAAGAGACAUUUGAGUGAGAUGUGAAAGUGUUAAAGGGAUAUUUCACCCAAAAAUGUUGAUUCUGUCAUCAUGUCCCACCAAACCUGACUACUUAAAUGUUUGUACUCUUACAAAGAAAACAUACAGUAUGUCAAGCUCCAAAUUGGCAAAAAGCAUCAUUUUAGUACCAUAAUCAUAUGAAUGACUUUUAUGCUGCUUUUUUUUGGUCCUUAUUUAGAGCUGGACAACCUGUGAUCAAUAUAUUGUGUAUGGUAACAAGGAACAUAUGCCAUACAGGUUUGAAAGGACAUGAGGAUGAGUGAAUGAUGACAGAUUUGAAUUUAUUUUUUGAGUGAAUUUGUGAUAGCUACAGGUAACCCCCACCCCUUUACAAGAACAAUAUCUGAUGUCAAUCUAUGAAUCCAACCAAAUUUACUGCAUCAUCACUGACUGACAAUCAUAAUUAGUUAUUAUCACUCACAUUUUAGUCUACAUGUUUGAUCGCGAGAAUAACGUGCAUCGGUGUACUAAGUGGCAGCAGUCUGUGCUAAAGGUGUUGUUUAUUUCCAGUACAGUAGCUAUUAUUCUCUGCAGUGAGUGUUAAUUCUCUGUAUACGUUAAAGACGCACAUGUGCCAGUAAAUGAUGGAUGUACCAGCACUCUCUCUUUAGUCAACACUUGCGGUCAUAAAGUACCAACGAUGUAUGUAAAACUUCUGUGAUUAUAAACGUGCCAAUUUUGAAAUGCAAUAUGCUUUUGUUGCAGCUCAUAGUUGUCUGUGAAUCACAGUGCGGAGUUGAGGUGAUUAUUGAAAUGUACAGUAAAGUGAUGGUCGUCUACAUCGCACAGAUCUUUUAAAAAUGUGGAAAAUGUAUACGUUUUUCCUUGGUUGUUAUUUUAAAGUUGAAGUGUGUAAUUUGCGUGCUUCUAAUCAUCAGCAAACGAAAAUGCAUAAAUAAUGACCGAUUUCGAACGCUCCUCAUCUCUCAUUGGCCGGAUAAACAUAGCCCCGCCCCUCGCGAAAUAAAGAACUUAGUUGAGACAGAUUGCGCUUUUCUUUAAAAAAAAUAGUAUUUAUGAUGUAAAAUACGUUCUGUACUUAAUAUGCAGAGACAACUAUAAAGUCAUUUGUAGCUGGAUUUUUCUCAAAAAGUGUAAACACUGGCUCUUUGGUGCUAUAAAAAGUUUGGCUUCAGCGUCACGACCUUAUCUCAACCAAUAGCGUGAGUUUGGGGCGGGACGAUUAUGUUUAUUGGCCAAUGGCAGACGAGGGGAUAAUUGAUAAAUGCCAUAAAUUCUCAUCAGUGAUGACAAAAAUUUUUUUUAUAUUUGUUUGAGCUUUCUCAUUUCUCUUAUGGUCAUUAUUUUUCAACCUGUAAAUCGUAAUGAUCUUGAAAAUGCUCUCAGUGAUAGUGAACUUGUCUGUAGAAAUAAAUUGUGAAAUGCUAACGGAGAGCGUCAGAGGUUGCUUGGAUCACGUGACCUUACAGCUUCAUAGGUGUUUGUAUAUAUGAGGGGCCGAGCUCCCUCUGUGGCUCUUUCUAGAUAUAGCUGCAUGAAAAAGACAAAAAAAGAGAGAGAUUUUUGCUGCUUUCUAUGUUCUUGACACCAGCCGUCAUUCUGAGCGUGAGCUCGGAAGGUAACGACCAUGUCUCAAAGCUGUUACAGACGUGUUUUCUUGUGCUUGUAACACAUCUGCCUGCCAGUAGGUAACAC